GCAGCAGCAGCAGCAGUAGCGUUUUAGUGCUUUUCAUACAGAGGCAUUACGUACAGCAGACUUGGCAAAAUCUGCACAGUCUAAUUAUCAGCGACAAAAUGGGAUAAUCGAUAGCGUCUUUAGAGAAUUUCGUCCACAGGAACUAAACGACCAAUCGAGGAGAGUGAUUUUUUUUUAGUUAUUUUUUUUUCCAGACACAGACGUAAGCACAAUGGGCUUUGGGGAUAAUGGUGAUAAAAAAGAUAUCACAUCAUGAACGGAGGACAACUGGAAUACCUCGCCACAAACACGACCGGACCGUAUGAUUUGUUUAUGGUGAAAAGUUUAAUUCGGAAAGCAUUCUAAGGAGUAUUUUUUUCAUCCCGUGCGCUCUGGAGAACAGAUGCUGUCAUUGUGCUGGGGACCGAGAUUUGUGCGCGUGAUAUUCUGCCAGUAGUCUCGUCGGAAUGGUGCGCGAGAUGAGAAUGCGCGUGCCGUUAUUGUUUCCGCGCGACAUACUCAAUAACGGUUGUUCAGUCGUUGUACAACUCAAGCCCAACGACGACAAUUUUGGCAGAGAAAGACUGAGACUUCUAGUGACAAUACCAGGGAAAUCAUGAACGAAGUGUUUUGUAAACGUUUGUAUUAAGUAUUAUUGAAGAAAUAUCCUUUAUUAUGAACGGGCACUGCCGACUUUUCAUAUUUUCUAAAUUUUCUUUUUCCUUGAGCUAAAUUCCAAUUAGUUGUAUAUACUUGGCUGUGUGUUUUUGACCAAUCUGAUAUUUUCAGCCUGAGCAAACACAAUGGUGGAGCCUGUGGGUUUCAUCGAAGCCUGGAAAGCACAGUUUCCAGAGUCCGAGCCUCCGAAGAUGGAGCUUCGGUCUGUUGGGGGAAUUGAACAAGAACUGGAGAGGUGUAAAACGUCCAUAAGACGCUUGGAAAUGGAGGUGAACAAAGAGCGCUUCCGGAUGAUCUACCUUCAGACGCUUCUGGCCAAGGAGCGAAAGAGCUACGACCGGCAGAGAUGGGGUUUCAGGAAGCCACCUCAUAUGACCGAAGGGGACCUGCAAGCUGCUGGGGCCGAUUCUCAGCAUCUCCAUGUACAGGAGCAUGGACAGCCAGAGCGCUGCAGGUAUCAGCCUGUGGGGGAGACCAGAGUGAAACCACGACCACCCCCGGCCAGGAAGUCGGCUUCCCACGGUGAUGGAUUGGAACUACAGUCAUCAUUGGAGGCGCACCAAGCAGGGCCGGUCAGUGAGACCGAGAGGCUCUCCCCAUCAGCACAGAGGGGUGGAGUUUCUCCUCGUAGGCCCCAUCCACCCCCUGACAAGGAGUUGCCCUCGGAUCCGUCACCCAAAGACAAGCCGGGCAUGGGGCUCGGGGUGGCUGCCUUACGUUCAAACUUUGAGAGAAUCAAACGGGCCAACUCACACUCAGCCACUGAUGGAAAAUCAGGCCAAGAGAAACCAUUCUACACCAAUGUUGAGUUCCAACAUGACAGGGCCCUGGUAAAAGCCAACGACCGUGAGGUCUCGGACAAAAUUAGCUCUCUUGGGAACCAAGCCAUGCAGAUGGAGCGCAAAAGGUCACUUCAUUCACUUCCAGGCAACCUUGCCACGGUUGCAGGUGAUCUACGCCCCAGGCCUGUCUAUAGGGGGCGUUCUACCGAAAGCACCUGCGGAUAUGAUGCAGAGUAUGAAGAUGGCGAACCCAGUCCACGAUACAGCACUGCGAGACCGAAUGGUGCCAAACCACCACCGCCACCUUGGCAGCCAUCAGAUUUCCAGCCAUACACUAGUGUUUACGUCGGAGGGAUGAUGUCAGGAGAAAGUGGUGACGGUAGGGUCACUAUGAGAGACCAUGGAGGAAGUGACGACCAUCUUCUCACCUGGCCCAGGAGGUCAUACUCGCCUGGGAGUUUGGAGGAUGUGGGAGGUGGAGGAGGCGGAUACACGCCAGACUGCAGCUCCAAUGAGAACCUGACAUCCAGCGAGGAAGACUUCUCCUCGGGACAGUCCAGUCACGUGUCGCCUAGCCCUACGACAGCCUACCGCCGCCCACUCCGAGAGAAGAGUCGCUCACCUUCUCAGAACUCCCAGAAUUCUCAGCAUUCAUUUGACAGCAGCAGUCCCCCUACACCGCAGACACAGAAACGACACCGGCAGCAACAUGUCGUGGUGUCUGAGGCCACCAUUGUGGGCGUAAGGAAAACAGGACAAAUCUGGCCCCAUGAUGGAGACUCUAUUGCCUCCAGUCGGACUUCCCAUGACAACAGUUACCAUGGAGAUCUAGAUGGUCCAUUUACAGGCACUCCGCCCACCUAUGGUUACGACGCGGACCGAGCAGAGGAGCAGCGCCGACACCAUGACAUUCUGCCCUACAUUGACGACUCCCCCUCCUCCUCCCCUCACCUCAGCUCCAAGAGCCGCAGCAGUCGAGACACCCUCUCCUCUGGCUCGAUUGAGUCCUCCAAGUCUGCGGAGCUAGACUUGGAGAAGGGAUUGGAGAUGAGGAAAAGGGUGUUGUCUGGAAUCCUGGCCAGUGAAGAGACCUACCUCAGCCAUCUGGAAGCGCUGUUACUGCCCAUGAAGCCCCUGAAAGCAGCAGCCACCACCUCCCAGCCUGUCCUGACCGCUCAACAGAUCGAAACCAUCUUCUUUAAAGUGCCUGAGCUCUAUGAGAUCCACAAAGAAUUCUAUGAUAGCCUUUUACCAAGAGUGCAGCAGUGGAGUCACCACCAAUGUGUGGGAGACCUUUUCCAAAAACAAGCUAGCCAGCUUGGAGUGUACAGGGCCUUUGUGGAUAAUUACGAACUCGCAGUGGAGACAGCAGAGAAGUGCUGUCAAGCGAACACACAGUUCGCAGAGAUCUCUGAGAGUCUCAAGGUCAGGAGCACCAAGGAGUGCAAGGACCUCACAGCCAAAUACUCACUGGAAACUCUGCUUUAUAAACCAGUGGACAGAGUGACCCGGAGCACGCUUGUUUUACAUGAUCUUCUGAAACACACACCUACCAGUCACCCAGAUUACCCCCUUCUACAGGACGCCCUCCGCAUCUCACAGAACUUCCUGUCCAGCAUUAACGAAGAGAGCACACCUCGCCGACAGUCCAUGACAGUGAAGAAGGGAGAGAACCGUCAGCUGCUGAAGGAUGGCUUCAUGGUGGAGCUUGUUGAAGGGUCUCGGAAACUACGCCAUGUUUUUCUCUUUACUGACCUCCUGCUCUGUGCCAAACUGAAGAAACAGAUUGGAGGUAAGAGCCAGCAGUAUGACUCCAAGUGGUACAUUCCUCUCUCGGACCUCACUUUCCAAACAGCAGAAGAGUCUGAGCCCCUGCCUAUCCCACAAGCCCCUGAUGAGGAACUUGAUGCCAUUAAGAUCAAAAUCUCGUCCCUGAGGAGUGAGAUCCCGAGAGAGAGGAGGACCAUCAAAGGUUCAAAGGUUAUGGAGAGGCUGAAAAAGAAGCUGUCGGAACAGGAAUCUCUUCUGCUGCUGAACUCUCCUUACAUGCCCCUCAGAGUACACAACCGCAAUGGAAAGAGCUACAUUUUUCUGAUCUCAUCGGACUAUGAGCGUGCCGAGUGGAAGGAAGUGAUCCAAGAACAGCAAAAGAAAUGCUUUAAGACCUUCAACCUGACAUCGAUGGAGCUUCAGAUGCUCACCAACUCCUGUCUCAAACUCCAGACGGUCCAUCAAUUACCCCUCACUGUCAAUAAAGAGGAGGAUGAAUCUGCUGGACUGUACGGAUUCUUGAAUGUAAUUGUCCAUUCUGCCUCUGGACUUAAACAGAGCUUAAAUCUGUAUUGCACAUUAGAGGUGGACUCCUUCGGCAUCUUCGUGAAUAAAGCCAAAACAAGAGUGUACAGAUACACCACAGAACCCAAGUGGAAUGAGGAGUUUGAGAUUGAGUUGGAGGGCUCCCAAACAUUACGUCUACUGUGUUACGAGAAAAGCUACAACAAAGCUAAGAUGAACAAGGAGGAUGGAGAGAGCACGGACAGAAUUAUGGGCAAAGGCCAAAUCGCGUUGGAUCCACCGAUGCUCCAGGGUAAAGACUGGCAGAGAACAGUCAUACCUAUGAAUGGGAUUGAGGUGAAGAUAUCCAUGAAGUUCACCAGCCGUGAGUUCAGCCUGAAGAGAAUGACUUCACGGAAGCCCAUGGGUGUCUUUGGAGUAAAUAUCUCCACAGUGACAAAACGGGAACGCUCUAAAGUGCCCUACAUCGUCAGACAGUGUCUAGAGGAGAUCGAGAGAAGAGGAAUGGAGGAAGUGGGCAUCUACCGUGUCUCAGGAGUGGCCACUGACAUUCAGGCACUCAAGACUGCCUUUGACACCAAUAAUAAAGACGUGUCAGUAAUGAUGAGUGAGAUGGAUGUGAACGCCAUUGCCGGAACGCUGAAGCUGUACUUCAGGGAGCUUCCUGAGCCCUUGUUCACCGACGAGCUCUACCCUAACUUUGCAGGAGGCAUUGCUCUUUCAGACAGCGUAGCUAAGGAGAGCUGUAUGCUGAAUCUCCUGCUUUCUCUCCCAGAGACCAACCUGGUCACCUUCCUCUUCCUGCUGGAUCAUCUCAAGAGGGUUGCAGAAAAAGAGAGCGUAAACAAGAUGUCUCUUCACAAUCUGGCCACCGUGUUUGGGCCAACCCUGCUACGACCUGCUGAGAAGGACAGUAAAAUCCCCACUAACCCCACACAGCCUAUCACGAUGGGGGACAGCUGGUCACUGGAAGUCAUGUCACAGGUGCAAGUUUUGCUGUAUUUCCUUCAGCUGGAGACCAUCCCGACGCCAGACAGUAAGAGACAGAGUAUCCUGUUUUCCACAGAGGUGUAAGGGAAUCCUUAUUCCCAUUGUAAGUCUUAUACCAGUGGGAGAGGGAGUAAGCAAGCAUGUCCACCCACUGGGUAUAACGGACACUGGAAUGCACAAGAGCAACUCCACCUGAGCAAAAGCAGGAGUGCUUUGCCUUUUGCGCUUUUUUUCUAGCUGUCGCCACUAAGGGGCAAAGCAACCCUUUUAAACGGUGAAGAACUCGACUUACUCCGAGCACACCUUAAAUAUUACUGAACACUCCAUGUGAACCGCCAGUUUUCCUCUGAACAUCAGUGUCCGUUCAGCACCUUUGCUUUUGAUUUAGUGACUCCUCAGAUCCCUGAGCACGCUCUUGUGUCUGGUCAUUCAUAUCAGCCGGUGACAGUGAAAUCGGUCUCUUCUGGCUUUUUGUGUUUGUCCUCAUUUCACCUGUCCCCACUGGUCACUGAUGCUCUUUCUGUGCUGCUACAAUUCAGUAUCCAGCUCCAAACCAUUCCAGAUUUUGGAUCCUUUUAUAUGAUAGAUAAUUACAUGGCAUUUCAACGUAGUUCUUAUUGCAGACUCUUUAAAAAGUCAAAUGGAUAGUUCCUAUUAGUGUAUGUCGAUCAUUUAAAUGACUUCAUUUUAAAAGGAUUUCUUUGUAGAUGAUGAUGUUUGGUUUAGUUAUUGUCAGUGUUGAUGUGAUUCUAAUUUAAGAUAACAUUGAGAAACAAACAAAUUUGAGAUUUAUUUUUUAUUUUUUUAGCCCAUACCUCUCUAUGAAGCAAUAUUUAAGCAUUCAUGAGUGUGUUUAAAAACAAAUUAUACAUGUUUCAUUAUGCUUUCGUAGUCAUAAGAUUUUUCUCCCUCAUAUUUUGGGAGAGCGGGAAGUACAUUCAAUGUGUUUUUCUUUAUUCUGUUUUUUUUAUUAUUUUUAUGUAAUAUAGAAUAAUUAUUAUUUAUUUGGGGACAGAUAUCAACAGCAGUGUCUUUCCAAAGUACGUCUAUGUUUAUCGCUAACUUAUCCGUGUUACGAAGUACUGUAGAUUCCUUACAUAUCCUCUUGUCUUUUUGAAUCUUUUCACCAUUUGAAAUGCUCAGAGGAUAGCACACAGCAUUAGCGUUUCCCCUGCCAUAUAUAUCUAGUGUUGAGAGAUGACCAAAUGGAGAGGUUUUUAGCUUGCACUAGUCUUUCACAUCUGCUCUCUCUCAAGCUUCACAGCACACUGUGGUUUAUGUCUCACUGAGAAGCAUACAGCAGUGCCUCUCUGUCUCAGCGGAAGACAUUAAGGUUAAAAAAACAACAACAACGCUGUAUAUAGCACAAUCUUAUUCUUGAAUCCCGUCAGAUGGUUUAAUGAAGGAAGGGUUAAUAAUGGAUGCAGUACAGGUAUUUUGUCUUUAUAGCAAUUCUGUUCAUUUUAUCAGUAAAAAUGAAUGCUCUUAAGCUUAUUUCAGUUAAAGGUGCUUUAGUUACUUUAUUUAACAUGCAGGCAUGUUUUUUGAUUUAAAAGUGUUUUUAAUGUUUUGUUUUUUUAAGUUUGAUAAGUGUCUGUGCGUUUUGAGAUGUAACGUUAUACCAAAUUCUGGCUACUGUAGAAGGAUUUUGAAGACUGUCAUAGAUACAAAAAGUGGUGCAGCAGUUGAAAAGGAAUCGCUGUUAAACCACCAUCUAACUUUUUCAUUAACGUGUGCAGUAAAAGUGUGUCUGAGACUUUUCAUCUUGUCUGUCCUCUUUCUUGAUUGUUGACACUAAAUGUACAUUUCCUGUAUCUUGCACCUGUCCGAACUGAAUUCAGCAUCACAUGUGGGUUUCUUCUGGAGAUAUCCCGCUUUUUGUAAUAUAAAGCUCUUGACAUCAAACUGUGAUCUACUGCUAUCAGAAGGCAUUAGGUGAUUCAAAGCAUUCCCGUUGAGUGAAUUGCUUAUUUAAUGUGCUUUUUUUUUUGAUUGUUGAAUGUUACUGGGUUAGGAAUAUUGGACAUAAUGGGAGUGAUACCGCGCAUGAUGUUUGAGGAGGGGUGUUACUUUGCACUGCACAUAGUUUAAAGACUAAUGUGAUUUAAAUUUCUUAUAAACGUAAUGAGAUUGUAUCACACAGUAGGAAAUGUCUACAAGCAAAUUAAUCACAUCUUCUGAAGUCUUGCAUUUUACAUUAUAACCAGAUUUAUUUGUAUCCACAAAGUACAACAGUUUUGAAAUGAUUGGUCAUGAAAGCACCGCAAGGGUCUAUUUGUGUCGUCCAUUGUAAUGUUAUGAUGAUUUAUGUUGAAACCUUGCCUUUAAACACAUGAAGACAUGCUGGACAGCCACCGGGACAGGCUUUGGAUGCUCUCCUUUUUUCCCUCUUUUAAGUUUUUUGUCACUAUUUAUUCUUGCUAAUACUUUAAUGUUCUGGUUAUAGGACUGUUCUAAUAGAUAAUGAAUUCUGGAGACUGAAACGUUUGGAAGGCAUUUGUGGCCUAUGUUUAUACACAAAAUGUUGAAUAAAACCUCCUGUAUAUGAA